GCCUCCGAGCCACGUCCAGCCGCUGUGGGUCAUGUGGAGUCGCAGUGGUACCGGGGGCUGGAGGGGGCCCUGCAGGGAGCUGGGAGAUGGAGCACCUCUGGCCCCAGCCCCCCUCCCCAUCCCCAUGACCCCAGGUCAAGCAAGCUCCACUACCCCAAGCCCCCAAGAGCCCGGGUGUGAUUCCCUACACACAGGUGCCCCCGAUCCCCCCCCCGGGCUCUCCUGCUUCAGGCGCUGCAGCUCCGGCCCCUUCACCUGCUCCUGGCCGCCCCAGGGCCCCGCCGGCAGCACCACCUACGUCCUCGUGCUCUGUUAUGUGAGCCGGCAGCUGUGCCAGCAGCACGACGCGGGCACGGCCACGGUGCGCACCCUGAAGCAGCACCAAGUUUAUGUCCGUACCAACACCACGGCCUGGGUGGAGGCGCGCUGGGGACAGCAUCUGGAGCGCAGCCCCAACAUCACGCUGCACCUCGACGAGGCCGGUGAGUGCUGGGGACCAGGCAGGGCGGCGAGCUGCAGUGGUCACCACAGCUGUGCUGUCCCCGCAGUGAAGCUGGAUCCCCCUUCCCAUGGGACAUCCUUCACUAAGGCCAAUGGGCGCCUGGAGCUGAGGCUGCCGCGGCCGCAGUGUCACCACAAGGAGCGGCCGCCGCCACGCAGGGAGGCUCGAUUCCGCCGGGUGGGUGAUGGCAGCUGGAUGCAGGUGAUGUGUGAGACAGGGAAGGGUGAGGAUGAAGAUGACCCAGUGACCUGCGAGCUGGGGGGAACCGCUGCCUUCGAGGUGCAGCUCCGGCACAGGACGCAGCACUGGAGCAGCCACUGGAGUGACUGGAGCCCAUCCAUCUUCAUCCCCGAGGAGAUCCUGGAGAGCCCCGCACUGAGCUUCAGGCUGGGACACCUCGGGAGAAACGGGCAGAGGCUGCUACAGCUGGGCUGGCAGCGCGCCCGCGCGGCACAGGGGGACGUCAGCUACACCCUGCGUGCCCACAUGCCGGAGUGCAGCUGCGCCGAGGAGGACGAGGUGGUGCUGGGGGCAGAGGAGACAGAGUACAACCUCACGCUCUGCGGGGCUGCAUACGAGAUCGUGCUGACGGCCACCAACGCCGCAGGAAGCAGCCCUGCACGGCGGCUGCAGGUGCCGGCGGAGCAGCACACGGAGCUCAGCUUCCAGAACAUCAGCUCUGUGGGCACCAUGGUGAUCGCACGCUGGGAGGCGCCAACGCGAGGCUUCGCCUUCUGCUCCGAGCGGCAGCGGACGCCGGGAGCCCCACAGCCGGGGCGCUGCGUGCAGGAGGAGUUCCUCGCACGCAGCUCCCACUGGCAGGCAGGCACGGCGCCCCGAGCCCCAGCGCCCUCCUGCUGGCUGCGGCCACGCGGUGACGGUGCCGCUCCUCACGUAGGGCCGCUGGAAGCGCCGGCGUGUUACCGGCUCGCCGUGCACGGCCGCGGCGCAGAGCAGGACUGGGCCACCUUCGCUCUGCAGCAUCACUUCGUCGGCAACACCUCGUUGGCCGCCUCUGUCCGCAUCAACGCCAGCGCCGAUGCCGCCGUGCUGCUCUGGGAGCCGUCCCUACGCGCUGCUUGCCCCGGCGCGCUGCUGGGGUACCGCGUGUGCCACGCUGCUGAAGGGGACAACGUGACAUAUGGCGACGUGGACGCAUCAGCAUCGCGAUACGCGCUGCGAGACCUGAAACCAGGCACCGCCUACAGGGUGGGCAUCCAGGAGGUGGCGGCGGGCGGCGGGGGCACCUGCAGUGCCCGGUGGCACUUCCAGACCACGGCGCUGGGUGGAGCGGUGUGGAGCUCCAACCUGAAGUACCUGGGCAUCUCGCUGGGGAUCCCAGCUGCCGCCCUCAUCUACCAGCUGAGCAAGAAGAGGCUCCACGGGAUGCUCUUCCCUCCCCUGCCCAAACCCACCGGCAGUGAAGCCCUCCGGUUCUCAGCCAGUGAGAUGAGCCAGAACAAGCCCUGGAAGAGCUUCCUGGAGCCCUCGGAGCAGCUCAGCCCCGGGGAGUUGCUGGUAAUGGAGCUGAGCCCUGAAAAUGAGGCAGCCGCCAGCACGCGGCCCCACACAGCACAGCUCAGCCCCGAAGAACCGAUGGAGCCACUGCAGCCACACUGCAAGGUGGAGCUGCCCUUCACGUACCGGCGGCAGGAGGUGCUGGACCCGGAGCCAGGGGGGUCAGGGGGGCUGGGGGAGGUCCCCACCUGUGGCCCCACAGCUGCAGAGGAGGGCGCAGGGAGCUGGGGGCUGAGCCAGGCGCUGCCACCUCUUGUGCUGCUCAAACCCAUCUCCCCACAGGAUCAGGAGGGUGUGGGGCUGCUGCAGGAGAAGGCGGUGCCUUAGGGAUCCCAGGGAUGGGGGACAAAGCGGGUCCCUCAGACAGCGAGGGGGUGAUGC